AUGUCAAUUGUUAAAAAAUUAUUUGGUGGAUCUCCAAGUAAACAACCAUCAUUAUUUAAAACAUCCAUAUAUAGAAAAUCAGAUCCAUUUUAUAAUUUUAUUAAUCAAUUUAGUGAAAAUGAUUUAAUUCAACCAUUAAUAUCUUCAUCUCUUUUACCAUUACCAGUUGAUGUUAAAGAAUCAGAUAAAGAAUUUGAAUUACUUGCUGAUAUUCCUGGUUUUUCUAAAAAUGAAAUUAAUUGCCUAAUUGAUCAAGAUAAACAUUUGUUAACUUUAAAAGGUGAAAAGAAAGAAGAAAAUGAAGAAAAUGAAGGAAAUUAUAUUAUCAAAGAACGUUAUUAUAAUUCCUUUACAAGACAUUUUGAUAUUCCUUCAAAUGUUAAUUUAGAUCAAAUUAAAGCUCAAUUAAAAAAUGGUCAACUUAAAUUAACAAUUCCAAAAUUAGAAAAUCAAAAUGAAACUGAAAAUGUUAAUAAUAUUAAGAAUAUUGAAAUUAAUACUUUAAAUGAAUAA